CGUUGUGGUCCAAUGAUUCUUCAGAACACAAUUUGUGCGUGAAGCAGCAAGACGAAUUGGAUAGAAAUGAAUUUCGCUAAGAUAUUCGCUUUCGUGUUCGCGCUCGUGCUCGCUCUCAGCGCGGUGACGGCUGCUCCCAAGUGGAAGAUAUUUAAGAAAAUUGAACACAUGGGACAGAACAUACGAGAUGGAAUCAUCAAGGCUGGACCAGCGGUAGCCGUGGUUGGCCAGGCGACAUCCAUUUACAAGGGAAAAUAGAAGAUAUAAAUUAUAACUACAAUUACAUAGACGGAUUCACAAUCUACACUAUUGGACUUUAAAAGAAAUUGUCAGAAGUAUUAGGGACCGAUUUCACGAGUAGCUGAUAAUUUUUCUGAUACACUAUGUAUUUUAUAUCAGAGACUUUAUCAGGAACUUGCUGUUCCCCGCGGUUUCACUCGCAUUGCUCCUGUUGGUCUUAGCGUGAUGAUAUAUAGCCUAUACUCUAUAGCCUUCCUCGAUAAACGGGCUAUCUAACACCGAAAGAAUUUUUCAAAUCGGACCAGUAGUUACGAGAUUAGCGCGUUCAAACAAACAAACAAACUCUUCAGCUUUAUAAUAUUACUAUAGAUAAGUGAAAUAAGUCCUAAAGAUUUUAAACCAUCAGCUUAGUUCAAUUUUGGAAAUCAAAGAGAUUUCCUAACCUUGUAAAUUUUGACAAGAACCUUAUUGGGUAAUAAUGUUGAUAAUCUAAGGAUUAAAUACUACUUCUUA